AUAAUUAUCAUCAGCAUCAUUUUGGAACAAUUUCAUUUGUUUGGUUUCUGUUUGUUAUAUUAUUGUUUCAAAUAUAUUAUGAUGGAAUGGUUUGGGCACAAUUUUUGCCAAAAACAACCAAAACAACGACAACAACAACAACAUUCAUUGGCAAUGACAGCAGCAACUAUUAUUAUAAUGUUAAUAAUGUUGAUAAUGAUAAUGAUUUCAAAAUUGUUACAAAUUUUCCAUCAUCAGCAUCUUUAGGGCAACAUAUUUUUUGAUCACAACAAUAAUUUGGCCAACAAUAUUGUCAUAAUGGCAAAUGAUGAUGAUGAUGAUAAUAAUAAUAAUGAAAAACUUUAUACUUAUGAUGAAAUUGUUGGCGAAAUGGAAAAAGCUACCGACGAAUUUUAUAAUGAACUAAUUCAUAUUAGAAACAUGUUACCAUCACUGCCUCCAUCUUCGUUGACAACAAUAACGGAUGAUGACGAUGAUGAUGAUGAUGAUGAUGAUGAUGAUGAGGACAUUUUGGAACCAGCUCGAAAAAGAAAACGAAGAUCAAUACAAUCGGAAGAUUAUUUUGUUCCAGAUUUCAUUCGUGAUGGAAUACAAUUGAUUUCAGAGAUUGUACCAAUUGAAGAAUAUGAUGGUGACAAUGAACAAAAUGCUGAUCAUAAAGGCCAACAACAAAAAAAUCAAAAUAAAAGUCAACCGAUCAAACGUUUGCAGACAAUUUGUUCGAAAAAAGGAUUCAUAAUCGAUUUUGUUCUUGUCAAAUUCAAUCGCAAUCAAUAUAUUGUUUGUUUGAUAAAAGAAGCCAAUAAUAAAGGCCAACAACAACAACAUCAGCAAACAAUGAAAAUGUCGACAACAGAAGCUAUGGCAGAUAGUGUACAAAAAAAUAAACUAUUUUUUGGUGCCAUUGAUGGACAAGACACCAAUAACAAUAAAAAAAUGGACAACGUCAAUGAACCAAUAAUACACGAAUACACAUUGGUUGAUAUGGUUAGGCCAAAAAAAGUUUUAGCCUUUGUCGAUAAACGUCGUGCUUCAUCAUCAUUCACACCGUUAUCAUCAUCAACAACAAAUGAAGAAGAGAUAUUAGUCAUCGUUUUGGUCAAUGAAAAACAUACAAUAAAUGAACAGAAUAUUGAAUGGAUACAGAUCGAUAGCAACAAUAAAAUCAUUUAUCAAAAUCAUUUGGCUAGUUUGAAAAAAAUUUCUACAACAAAUGUGGCCAUCUGGGAAAAACGUAACAUGAUUAUUGUACAUGAUAUAUUUGAAGGCGUAUUGAAAAUGUUCAAAUUUGUUGGAACCUAUUUUGAUCACGUCGAAUUUGUAUGGCCAGUUACCAAUGAUUUGAAUUCUAUUUAUGCAUUCACAUUAAACGGUAUAUCAUAUCUUGUAUUAGGCUAUGGUCAUAGCUUGGAUAACAAAACGCCUAAAGAUGUUUCCAUUUUAAGCUAUAAUGAUUAUAUGGAACGAUUGGAACCAAUUCAAUCGAUUCAAUGUAGUGAAAAAGUUAUCGGUAUUGAAUAUUUCAUUAUUGGUCAUGGCAUCAAUCAGGAAAAUUUUUUGGCAAUAGUUGAAGAGAAUCAUAUUGUAAUGUAUAAAUUUUUGAAAUCUAAACGUGAAUUUAUCGUAUUCCAACGGAUCACAUCUGGACCGAUUCGCCAUGUAAAAUCAUAUGGUGAUGUGAAACGAAUGUUUGUGAUGGCCAUAAUAUUACAAAGUAAUGAUAUCUAUUUUAUCACAUAUAAUUCAUUACGUUUCAUAUAUUCACCCAUAAAUAUUCGCGUUUAUGUUAAUCCUAUGCAACCAAUUUAUUUGAAAAAAAUUCACGAUUCACAUCACAUGGAAAGUUAUCAUUCUGAUGAUGAUGAUAAUGAUGAAAAAAUUUCAACAUUAAGCAAUGUUCAUCUUAUGAUUGGUGGCAUGAAUGGAAUCCGUUUAUAUUCGAUUCGUUUUUUUCAUGAUAAUAAUCUAUUCAAAUUAUGGACUGAACAUUUAAAAUGGUGUCAUAUGAAACGAAAUGAAAUUGCUGAUCUAGAGAAACAUAGUAUUCAAAUUGAGAAACGUUUUCAUGAAUCAUAUUUUAAAUCUGAUCCAUUAAUAAUUCGAGGUACACUUACGGUGCCUGGACAUCAAGGAACAACCGUGGAAACCAGUGAUUAUCGUAAUAUAAACAAUGAAUUAUCAUUAAAUAGAGAAUAUUUCAACGAAUUAUAUAAUAUGAAACGACAAUUGAUUACUAUUGAAAAAGAGAUUCAAAAAGGCCAUGAAUUACUUACAUCGAAUGCUGUGUUUAUCAAUUCAGCACAUGUACAGAUAAUAACGGGAAAUUUUUCAUUUCUAUCACUGUCCAUAAUUAAAUAUGACGGUAAUCAUAUACGAUCACAAUGGCCAUUACCAACAUCAUAUCAUCAUCAAUCGUUUUCAACAAUACCAUCAUUACCAGCAACAAUGAAUAUAAUUACUGAUCAUCUUAAUGAUAAAAUGAUUCGUGAUUUAUAUUUCGAGAUCAUCAAAAUUCGAUUGUCUGAUUAUGAUAAUUAUAAUAAUAAUAAUAAUAAUCUACAAUUACAAAUCAAUGAACCAAUGUCAUUUGAUUAUAUUGAUCAAAUGAACAGUUCAAUUUGGUUAAAUACAUUGAUUAAUGAACGAUUCAAUGCAUCAAAUAUUGUUACUGUUAAUGGAAAUCAUGUGAUAAGUGGCCAUAAACGUUUUUAUCGUACAUUAAUUGUUGAUGAUUUAAUUCGUGCUCAAUUUGUCAAUAGAAAACAUUUUGAUUCGGAUAAUGUUUUGUUGACUAAUGGUGAACAACGUAUACGUAAUCCUGUACAUGUUGAUAGUCGAAAAUUACGAUCCGGUCAAAUGAAUGUUAUCAAUAUGAAUGGAAUGGAUUUCGGUUCCCUUUUACAUUCAAUCAUUAGAAUCGAUCAACCAACAUCAUUGACAAUGGCUAUAGAAUUUGUUAACAAAUUAAUUGUUAAUGAAUUGAUAAUCGAUUCUGGUGGCCGUUUAAAUGGCUUUAAUAUUGAUGACAUUUAUGAUCAAGCAUUAUGGCUUAAUAAACCAAAUCAAACAAUAACCGGUGAUUGUCAUUUUGAAUCUAAUCUAUCAAUAAUGGCCAAUUUAAAUGUACGACGAAUUAACAAUCAAAAUGUACCCGAUGAUUUUGUACGAACAGAUCAAUUGGAAACAAUUGUUGGACAAAAAAUUUUUCAUGAUCAAGUUUAUAUAAAAAAUUUAAACAUUUCAAAAACAUUAAACGGUUUGGCAUUGAUUAAUGACAUUCCAGAUAUUGUGAUCAAUGAUGAUGAUAUCGAACAAAAUAUAACUGGUAGAAAAAUUUUACAUAAUCUAUCGAUUCGUAGUAAUAACAAUAACUACAUUGGUGGACUAUUGAAUGGUAUGAAUAUUGGCGAAUUGGAACAACGUAGUCGUAGACGGCCAUCAAUAUCAUAUAUUGAUACAUUACAUAUAGAAAAUAUUGCCCGUUUUGAAGGUGGCCUAUGGUUUGAAUCAAUAAAUUCGAUUACAAGACAACAAUUUCAUAAAUUGAUAGAAGAAUCAUUGACUUUGGACAAUCAAUGGGCAAAUUUAGCGUUCGAACAUGUUCAUUUUGAUCGACUUCAUGUCAAUUAUCUUGAUUGUAAUACGAUCAAUGGUAUCGAUUUAGCUAAUGAUUUGCUAACCCGUACCACACCGCAAAUGAUAAAUUUAGCUCACUAUUCAUUCAAUGAUAUCGUAUUACAUAGCCAUGCAAAAAUCGAUCGUUUAAAUAAUUAUAGUAUGACCAUCAUGUUGGAUAAUGUUCUGAAAAAUUUCGGUAAUCAAUUAGUGAAUGGAACUAAAGAGAUCCAUGGUGAUGUUCAUGUUCAAUCAUUGAUUAUCGAUUCUUAUGUUAACGAUAUUCCAAUUGAUGAUAUUGUUUUCAAUGAUGAUUAUCAACCAACAAAAUGGAUAAAUGGAAUCAAACAAUUUAAUAAUCAAAAUAAUUCUACAACAUUCGAAUCAAUUGUAAUCGGUGAUUUGAUCGUCGAAAGUAUAAACAAAAUUGAUGUGAAUGAAAUAAUCAAUUAUUCGAUGCGUCGCCGUGAAUGGCAGAACAUUUCAAAUGAAUUUCAUUUCAAAUCAUUGGUAAUUGCACCAAAUGAAGAAUUUACAAGCCCAUCUAUAAAUGGAAUAUCAUUGAAAUGGCUUGAGGAUGAUAUUGUUACUGCGCAUCCAACAGCAAAACAAUGGCAAAAUAUAUCGGCACCUAAACAUUUUAUUGGACAAGUUUCGUUUGAUCAGAUUGAAUUUGAUCAUUUAUUUGAUGAUAUUACCGUUUAUGAAAUGCAACACAAUUGGCUAGUAAAUGGCCAUGGAUGGUGGUCAUCACAGCCUCGAUAUUUGCGAGCAAAUUUUUCUAUCGAUCAUUUAACCGUACAAAAUGUUCAUAUUCAUGAUGGCCAUCUAAACAAUAUUGAUCUGAAUUGGUUAUUUGAUGAAGUUGUGUGGUUAGAUCGUAAAACAUCCAUUCUAACUGAAAUUGAAUUCUUUGGAAAUGUCAAAAUUAUGGGUGACAUUCUUUUUAAUGGACGACUGAACAAAAUCGAUCUCAGACAAGAUGUCGUGUUGAGCAGUAAUUAUACAGGAGCACAAAAAAUCAAAGGAAAUAUUCGUUUUGUCAACAAUGUAACUGUAAUUAAAGAUCUAAAUGUUAAAGGUUCAAUCAAUCAGAUUGAUAUUGAUUAUUUUUGUGGACAAGUUUAUAAACCAUCAUAUGAACCAACAAAACCAUUGGUGAUCAAUGGAAAUGUUGAUUUUUUUGCACCAGUACAAUUUGAAUCGAUUAAUGGAUUAACAUAUAAAGAUCUUAGUAUUCGAGCAUUACGACAUGAUCAUAAUGAACAAAAAAUUACGGGUAAAAAAAUGAUCGAUAUACUCGUAUUGAAUGGACCAACCACUAUUAAUGGUUAUAUAAAUGAUUUAAAAUUGGAUUAUAUUUUUGAUCAUUAUAUGAGCAUAACACGUGAUCAAGAAGUACAAGCAAAUCUUGUAUUACGUAACGUACGAUUUGAAGAUGAUAUACAAGUGGAUAAUCUACAAUCGGAUACGGAUAUUAUUAAUGGUGUUGAUUUAGGCCGUAUAAAUCGUAAUGCAUUAAAACAAUAUGGUGAUCAAACCUAUACUGGUAAUAUACAUUUUGAUACAGAAAUAAUUAUUGAUAAACAUUUGAAUGCAAAAUGGAUCAAUGGAAUUGCCACCGAUCAUUUGAUGCAUAAAAAACGUUCAAUUAAUACUUUUACUGAAGAAAUUGAAUUUACACAAGAUCUAAAUGUCAAUCAUAGUAUGACGAUUAUGAAAGGUAAAAAAAUUUCCAAUGUCAAUAUUGAUCGUUUUCUUAAGGAUGCUGUACUUGCAAAAAGUGAUAAAAAUUAUACCAUUUAUGGUAUGAAAACAUUCGACAAAGUUGAUGUUUAUAUUCUACAUACACGACCAUUAAACAAUGUUACAAUAUCACGUGAAAAUCUAUUACUCAAAUCAUUCGAUCAAACUGUAUAUGGACAAACAAUUCUAUCUGGUGAUGUAUUGAUUAACAAAACAUUUUUGGUUGAAAAAAUCAAUGAUAUCAAACCAAAUGAUCUGAAACGUCGUCUAGUUAAAAAGAAUGCUGAUAAUAUAAUCAAAACAAAAGUUCAUGUCAAUGAAUUAUUCGUGAACAAUGUUGAUGUACAAUCAUUUAUUGAUAAUGUCAAUAUAACUAUAUUGAAUCAAUUCACAAAUACUACAAAUUAUUUACAACAAAUGGAUCAUGAUAUUCGUCGUACGCGUAUCCAUUUAGAUUCUAUACGUCAAAAUCUUCAGGUCAUUGGCUCAAAAUUAUUAUAUUUUGAUCAUCUACAUGAUAUUGAAAUGGCUAGAGAUUUGAAUCUAAUUCAUAGUGAUCAUGAUCAUGAUCAUCAUCAUUCACGGCCAUUGUUAAUUUCAUUGCUAUCAAAUUCUUGGAUUUGUACAUUCAUAUCAACCGUGGUCAGUGAUUCGGUAAAUAGCCUCAAUCCAUCAUCAAUAUGUAAUCAAAUACAUGUCUAUUGUAAUUAUAAUAAUCAAACUACCAGCAAUAAUGGUUGGAAACAUCAUCAUACAUUUUAUUAUCCAGGAACAUUAUUGGCAUUCGAACAAAUUGACAAUGUAUGGUUAUUAUUUUCAUAUUUGGAAAAAUCAUUCAACAAAACAAAUCUUCAUGAAUGUUUACAAUUCAAUAAUAUUUCAACAUACAAGAAUUCAUCGUACUACAAUAACAACAAUAUUGGCAUAUGGGUACAGAAUAUACGAUUUUUUAGUCAAACAAAAACUUUUCAACACAAUUAUCAUCAUUUAAUGUCUAUGCCAGAAGUUUCCCUUAUUCUCAAUGAUAAUCAGCAACAACAGCAACAACAACAACAACAGUAUCCGAUUAUGAAUCAAAUGAUUUUAGCACUUGAUCAAACACCGUCCUACGCAAUUCUUGCUACCGGUAAUAUACUGAAUAUUCUACAUAUUGGUCAUAUGAAUCGGAUUGAAAUCUAUUCAAUUAAAGAUGGCCAAUAUCAAAUGUAUGGCCGUAUAGAAUCGUUAUAUCGUUGGCAGAAUUUAUUAUUGGUUUCAAUAUAUCAGCCAUAUGAAUCACAUUUGGAUAUUUUAACCGUACUACCGGAUUUUAGCUUAAAAACAUUGGAUACUAUAUUAAAUGUCCAUGCCAAACAUAUGGUUAUCAUGGCUAAUCAUCAGAUUAGUGAUUAUAAAAAUUUUAUCAUUUUUAACAAUAUUUUAAAUUCUGAAUUGUUGUACGUUUUUGGAACAACAGAUGGCGAACGAUAUGUCAAGGUUCAAGAAAUUCGUACUGGUCCGAUAAAAAAUAUGGCAAUAUAUUCCAAUUAUUAUACACAACUAGAUUCUUCCGAUCUAUUGAUGGUACAUCAUUGUGACCAGAUACGAUUUUAUCGACUUUUCGGUCUAGAAGGUAUUCGUCCAGUGUUGGAAAUUCCUAUUGCCAAUAAUGUUUAUCAUGCCGGUUUUACUCCAAAUCCAAAUUGGUAUCUCUAUCUUUAUCAUGGAAAUGAUUGUCGAUCAGUGAAAAAAAUGGAAAUUUUCACACCAAUAUAUCGAAAUAAUCGGCCAUCAUUUGAAUAUUAUGGCCAAUAUCGAAAAAAUCAAUCAAUGUUUUAGUAAUCAUUUUUUUUUGUUUUGCUUUUUCUGCUUGAACAAUCUGUAUUUAUCCCAUUGAAAAUGUAUUACGAAAAAAAAAAAUUUAAAUUUUUA